ACUAGUGUAUCACCACAUACACAAACUAGCAAAUCACCACAUGUACAAACUAGCAAAUCACCACAUGUGCAAACUAGCAUAUCACCACAUAUGCAAACUAGCAUAUCUCCACAUGCCACUCGACAAGACCAGGAAGCAACAGUGACAGUGUCAGCACCAAAUGUAACAGGUACACCGCAGAUUGGUGUGAAAAUACCACAGCCUGAUGGAACAAGCACAUAUUAUAUGAAAGUAAAAGAUGCACCAGAGAGUUCAAAUGAGAUUUCCAGUCUUGAUAAAAGUCCAGUCAAACCUGUAACACCAGAAAUUGUAGACGAAGGAAGUCUAAAAGAGGAAACAUUCAGUCCAUUUGAUCUGGAGAAACAUCAGAAAAAACUGGCAGACAUGAAGAAAUCACCUGCUCAUCCAAAUUUUUAUCCUGCCAAACGAGCAUUUGCUGAGAUGGAAGGAAAUUGUCAGGAUGUGGGCAGUGAAAACAUGCAAUUUCCAUUAUUUGGUCAGGCUAAUUCAACAUUGACAACACCAUAUGAUGGAAGUGGAGAUCAUACUAAUGCAGCGAGUACCAAAGGACAGAACAAUGAUCAGAAUACAAAACCAGUCAGUGAUACAGAAGUACAGUCUGCUUUCAAUUUCUUUGGUGCCUUUGGAAGUAGCAAUGAUACAAGCGAAUGUAAAUCGCCAGGUUAUGCGUUCAACUUUGGCAGCGGAGACUGUUCAAAGAUUACAGAAAGUCCAAGUUUCUCCUUGUUUGGUGCCUGUAAUAAUGAUAAUGACUCGCCGAGUGGUUUCAAUUUCGGCUUUGGCGAUAACAGUGGUGUAAAAGGAGGAAGCCAACCCUGCAGCUCAGAGGGAGGAAAUUUCUUAUCUAUGUUUGGUGAUGGUGGGAAUGAGGACCAGGGUAGUACCACUGGCUUCAGUUUCAAUUUUGGCAGUGAUCGGCCCAAAUCUCCACCAUUUUCCUUUUUAGCUCACCUGUCACAAAGUGACAGGGUGAGCUUUUGUGAUCGCUUUUCGUCCGGCGUCCGUCCGUCCGUCGUCCGUCCGUCGUCCGUCCGUCCGUCCGUCCGUCCGUAAACUUUUACUUUAAAUGACAUCUCCUCAUAAACCACUAAGCCAAUUUCAUCCAAACUUCGCAGGAAUGUUCCUUUGGUGGUCACCUUUAAAAAUUGUUCAAAGAAUUUAAUUCAAUGCAGAACUCUGGUUGCCAUGGCAACCGAAAGAAAAAACUUUAAAUAUCUUCUUUUAAAAAACCAUAAGAGCUAGAGCUUAGAUAUUUGGCAUGAAACAUCUUCUAGUGAGUGUCUACCAAGUUUGUUCAAAUAAAAGCCCUGGGGUCAAAAUUGGCCCCGCCCCGGGGGGUCAUUGAUUUUCCCUAUAUGCAUAUAGUAAAAACUUAAAAAAUCUUCUUUAAAAGAACCCAAAGAGCUAGAGCUAAGAUAUUUAGCAUGAAACAUCUUCUAAUGAGUGUCUACCAAGUUUGUUCAAAUAAAAGCCCUGGGGUCAAAAUUGGCCCCGCCCCAGGGGGUCAUUGAUUUUCCCUAUAUGCAUAUAGUAAAAACUUAAAAAAUCUUCUUUAAAAGAACCCAAAGAGCUAGAGCUAAGAUAUUUAGCAUGAAACAUCUUCUAAUGGGUGUCUACCAAGUUUGUUCAAAUAAAAGCCCUGGGGUCAAAAUUGGCCCCGCCCCGGGGGGUCAUUGAUUUUCCCUAUAUGCAUAUAGUAAAAACUUAAAAAAUCUUCUUUUAAAGAACCCAAAGAGCUAGAGCUAAGAUAUUUAGCAUGAAACAUGUUCUAAUGGGUGUCUACCAAGUUUGUUCAAAUAAAAGCCCUGGGGUCAAAAUUGGCCCCGCCACGGGAGGUCAUUGAUUUUCCCUAUAUGUAUAUAGUAAAAACUUAAAAAAUCUUCUUUUAAAGAACUCAAAGAGCUAGAGCUUAGAUAUUUGGCAUGAAACAUCUUCUAGUGAGUGUCUACCAAGUUUGUUCAAAUAAAAGCCCUGGGGUCAAAAUUGGCCCCGCCCCGGGGGUGAUUGAUUUUCCCUAUAUGCAUAUAGUAAAAACUUAAAAAAUCUUCUUUUAAAGAACCCAAAGAGCUAGAGCUAAGAUAUUUAGCAUGAAACAUGUUCUAAUGGGUGUCUACCAAGUUUGUUCAAAUAAAAGCCCUGGGGUCAAAAUUGGCUCCGCCCCGGGGGGUCAUUGAUUUUCCCUAUAUGCAUAUUAUGAGUAAAAACUUAAAAAGUCUUCUUUUAAAGAACUCAAAGAGCUAUGGCUAAGAUAUUGAGCAUCAAACAUGUUCUAAUAGGUGUCUACCAAGUUUGUUCAAAUAAAAGCCCUGGGGUCAAAAUUGGCACUGCCCCGGGGGUCAUUGAUUUUCCUUAUAUGUGUAUAGCAAAAACUUAAAAAAUCUUCUUUGAAAAAACCCAAAUAGCUAGAGUUAAGAUAUUAAGCAUGAAACAUCUUCUAGUGAGUGUCUACAAAGUUUGUUCAAAUAAAAGACCUGGGAUCAAAAUUGGCCCCGCCCCGGGGGUCAAUGAUUUUCUUUAUAUGUGUUUAGCAAAAACUUUAAAUCUUCUUUGAAAAAACCCAAAUAGCUAGAGUUUAGAUAUUAAGCAUGAAACAUCUUCUAGCAAGUGUCUACAAGGUUUGUUCAAAUAAAAGCCCUGGGGUCAAAACUGGCCCGGCCCCAGGGGUGUCAUUGUUUUUAACUAUAUGUGUAUAGUAAAAACUGAAAAAAAAUCUUCUUUUAAAAAGCCAAAUGAACUAGAGCUUAGAUGUUUAACAUGAAACAUCUUCUGAUGGGUGUCUUCCAAGUUUGUGCAAAUAAAAGCCCUUGGGUUAA